CUGAGGUGGAAGGGUUGCAGGUCACUGUGCCUGAGAAGAAGAAGGUGGCCAUGUUGUUUCAGCCUGCUCUUCUUCGCUGCCAUUUCUCUACUUCUUCCACCCAACCAGCUGUGGUACAGUGGAGGUUUAAAUCUUACUGCCAGGACCGGAUGGGAGAAGCUUUGGGUAUGGCGACUUCUGGUUCACAAACGAUGAGCAAGAGGAACCUGGACUGGGAUCCCUACCUGGACUGUGUGGACAGCAGGAGGACAGUCCGUGUCGUGGCCUCCAAACAAGGAUCUGCCGUCACUAUAGGAGACUUCUACAAGGAAAGAGAUGUCAGCAUUGUCCACGACGCAGACCUUCAGAUUGGGAAGUUGAUGUGGGGAGACAGUGGCCUCUAUUACUGCCUUAUUAUCACACCGGAUGAUGUGGAGGGCAAGAAUGAAGAAGCAGUGGAGCUGCUUGUGCUUG